CCUUGAUUAGCUAAUCUUCACUUUUCCUAGUCAUCAAACCCUUUGUUCCUUCUUCCUAAAGCAGAACACCACCUUUAUAAUCACCUUUGUCCCUUUCUUUUUUUCCAUUUCCAUCUCCACUCCUUACAUUCAUUGUAGAUCAGAUUACCACCACCUAGUGAUUUACAUUAAGGGUUCUGGUGUUGCUGAGAGAAAGAGGAGGGAGAGGAAAGAUGUCUGAUUGGGGGCCAGUUUUCGUGGCAGUGGUGCUGUUCAUACUGCUAACACCAGGGCUGCUGAUUCAGGUUCCAGGAAAAUCACGGUACAUAGAGUUUGGAAACUUUCAGACCAGUGGAGUAUCCAUCCUGGUGCAUUCCAUAAUUUACUUUGCACUCAUCUGUAUCUUCCUCUUAGCUGUUGGUGUGCACAUAAGCAAUCUAUUUAAGUCAAGGAACUUUCUUGUAAUGGCAGAUUGGGCUCCUGUAGUUAUUGGGGUGGUGCUAUUUGUGCUGCUAUCACCAGGACUUUUGUUUUCAUUUCCAAGGAACAGCAAGCAGCUGGAGUUUGGGAGCAUGAAGACUAAUGGCAAGGCCAUUGCUAUUCACACUGUUCUUUUCUUUGCCAUCUAUGCUGUUUCGAUCCUGGCUGCGCACCUACAUAUCUACACCUGAGCCUGGGGGAGAGUCUGGUUAUUGGUCUCUAUAUUCAAGAUCUGUGUUGGGUUUUGGUUAAUCAUUGUAUUAGCUUGUUUCAGUUUUGGACCAAUGAAAUUUGUGGCACAGAUCAUAAUUUGCCAAAGUUUACUUUUUUUCAGUGGGAAAAUUCUCAUUUUCUCUCUUUCAAGAGAAGGGCUUUAAGAUUGGAACUUUAAUUAUCUUUGGCCAAUUUUUUCUUAGCCUUGACCAUCUGAGUUAAUUAAAUCCUGGUGAUUUGCCAUUUGAAAUUUGUCACUGUUGCUACUGCCUUUGAAAGUUUUUACUGGAUGAUUUCUCAUAUUAUGUUUAGCUAUUUCUUCAUUUAGC